AUGGCGCUCAUCGCGUUGGGUCUCCUCAGCAUCCUGGGGACGGUAAUUGCAGGCCUCGCGCCGACUUACCCUGUGAACGCACAGCUGCCUCCAGUAGCCCGAGUCUCAGAACCAUUCGAAUUUGUCUUCUCCCAAGGCACGUUUGCUGGCAGCGGGCCCGACACUCAAUAUACGCUUCUGAACGCCCCAUCAUGGCUUGAACUAGAUGCAAAGCACCGUACGAUAUCCGGAACGCCCCAGAAAGAUGACAUCGGGUCGCCCAAGUUUGAGUUGGUAGCUUCUGAUGAGACGGGAUCCGUGAACAUGGAGGUCAACUUGGUAGUCACAACCGAUGAUGGGCCAAAGUUGGGGAAACCAUUGCUACCACAACUUGAAACGAUGGGCGCCACAUCGGCUCCAGACACGAUUGUGGUACACUCUGGCGAUUCUUUUUCCAUAUCCUUCGAUCGUGAUACCUUCGCCAACACGCGUCCCUCCACUGUCUACUACGGCACUUCCCCUGACAAUGCGCCGCUGCCAUCGUGGGUCUCAUUCGACCAGGCAGCCCUGCGAUUCUCGGGGUCUACUCCGGAUAUCGGACCUCAGACAUUCAGCUUUAACCUGAUCGCUUCGGAUGUAGCCGGAUUUAGCGCUGCCACCAUGACAUUUGCGAUGACUGUUAGCCCACACAUUUUGUCCUUCAAUCGAAGUGCACAGACCCUCUUUGUCACCAAAGGGAAACAAUUCGACAGUCCUAACUUCCUGGAUGAUUUGACUCUGGAUGGUCACGGAGCGACGCGCACUGAUUUGGCAAAUAUUCAUGUGGAUUCUCCAGCAUGGUUGGCAUUGGACAAGGAAUCGCUCUCCUUAAGCGGCACACCUCCAGCAGACGCUGUAGACCAGAAUGUGACCAUCACUGUAACUGAUAAAUCUCAGGAAGUGGCCACACUACUUGUCAGCUUGCAAUUUUCUCAAUUCUUUCACGAUGAUUUGGACGAAUGCGACGCUGUCAUCGGGCAAUUCUUCAUGUUCGUCUUCAACAGCUCUAUUCUUACCGACGACUCUGUCCAAUUGGACGUUGAACUAGGUGGCCAGCUCCCCUGGCUUCAUUACAACCGCGACAACAAGACCAUUUAUGGUCAAGUGCCUUCCGAUAUCACUCCGGGAACUUUCAACCUCAACCUGACGGCUCGCGAGGAGACUGCGGAGGAUACCCGGCAAUUCACAAUCAAGACAGUCUCGAAGAAAAAGAACGACGAGAACGCAGCUACUACCGCCACGGCGGACGAAGGCAGCGGUAGUAGCGACAACAGCGGCAAAAAGGCCGGCAUCAUAGCGAUCUCGGUCAUUAUUCCGCUCAUUGUUCUCAGCGCCCUUGUACUUCUAUUCUUCUGUUGGCGUCACAAGAAGAAAGAUGUCGCUCCAGGACCGGAGGAAGGACUGGCAGACGAAAAGAGGGGAUCUCUGCCCCCUGAUCCCGAUUCUGACAUGUACCCUCACUGCCAGCCUUUUGAACAGACCACCCCAGGCAAGCCGCCAAGGAUGCUCAGAAGCCCGUCGCCAUCAUCCAGACCCCCAAAGCUCGAGAUCUUCUGGCACACGAAGCCCUUGGCCGAUGCCGACACCAUCAACUACACAGAUGACAAGGAGAAUGCCUACCCCCACUCAACCCUCGACUGGGACUUCGGUCCACUGGCGACCACGAAGGAGCCGGAAGAGACGAAACCAGUAGCGGAUCCACCUCCGCAAUCAAAGCGCUUGUCAUUCCAGAGCAGUCCUCCCGUGCGCAGGCGCACUACGACUACAUCAAAGAAGCGUGAGCCACUUCGGCCGAUUCAGCCGAGGAGGUCACUCAAGCGGAACUCGACGGUAUCGCGGUCGAAGAGGUACUCGAAGCGCUCUAGCGGCAUCUCCACAGUUGCUUCAGGGCUGCCUGUCAGGCUGAGCGGCGCUGGCCAUGGGGCCGGUGGAUUUGGGCCGCCGGGGCAUGGGGUUGUUCGUGUCUCCUGGCAGAACACACAAGCCUCAUUCCAGAGCGACGAGAGCGAUGUGGGGAAUUUGGCGCCAUUAUUCCCUCGCCCACCCCUCCGCGCACGGGAAAGCACGGAAUAUCCUAAGCGCGUGAGCCUUCGAGCUGUCGAGCCGGACACGCUGACCAUCUCUGAUACGGAUUCCCUUGAAGCUUUCGUGCACAGUCGUGCAAAAAGCCGAAAUUCUUCCAAUCCUCUGUUUGCCGGCCAAUUCGCUCGUCGUGGCUCAUCCGGUGGCCGCGCUCUCCAUCGGGCGCGCAGCACCGACCGCCCCUGGUCGGCGGCGAUGUCAGCCUCCAUCUAUACCGAUGACCACCGCCAGUCGGCUUACCUCCAUUCGCUAUCAGAGGAAUCGUCGGACGCGCCGAUGUCGGGACCGAUCAACAAGCAGCCCAGUCAAUCGAGUCUCGCCCAGAAUUAUUCUGAGGCGAUUGCUCCGCUACCCCGCUUUUACAGCGAGUUAAGCUUAAGCAGUGCCCAGCGAGGCGAAGCCGGCGGUAGUGCGGCGUACCCCGGAUCAACUGACCCACAGAACAAUGAGCGUCAAUCCCUUGGGAACAAUCGGACUUGGUUCCAGGUCGCGUCAAACGCGCCGGGUGAAGCCCCUAGAACGGAUCCUCCGCCGUUGCCACCAUUGCGCAAGAGCCCCUCUUAUUCUUCCAUGCCAUACGAGGUUCGAUCGCGCCGAGUGAGCUUGAUUCGAUCGGCGGACAGAGACUGGAGUGAGCAGAGAGGGUUUGUUUUGUCGUCGACGAGUAUCCGGCGAGCAUGA